AUGGAGAAUUCCGAGUACUUUACUAAAAAAACAAUCGAGGAAAUGGAGGCUACCUCCAAUUUUCCAUUUGUGAACUUUAAAUAUUCUAAAUUCAAAGAAAAAAGCAAUAGAUCCGACGAAAGCGACGUCUAUUGCUGCGUUGAUGAUGAUCAUCUCUCACCGAAAACGAAAGUAGUGAUCCCAAAUCACAUUAAUUCAUCAUUCGAUAUGUUAUGCGAAACUGCAAAAUACUACGGAAAUUUCAAUCACCUGGGGAAAAGAGAGAAAAUUGUUAAUGCAGAUGGAACGUGUGGAUUAGGCGAGUACGUCUUCAACACAUACAGCGAUAGCGUUAAAUACGCAAAAAUAAUCGGCACAGCCCUGACCACAGAAAACCUAGUCCCAGAGUCAAUAAUAGAUAAUUGUAAAUUAGUAAAAAAAGCCAGGUUCCUGGGCAUCUGGUCAAUGAAUUGCCCAUACUGGCUUCUGACAGAUUACGCGUGCUGUGGAUACGGUUUUGUUAGUGUACCAAUAUAUGAAACGUUGGGAGAUGAUGCACUCUUCAAAAUCAUGAAAACAACAAAAAUGGAAGUAGCAUGUAUAGAUUCAAAAAAGAUAACAAACCUGGAACACUUGUUCUCUGAAUCGAAACAGUUGAAAACAGUCAUCGUAUUUGAUCAGCUGACUGAAAAUGAUAAAAAGAGGCUAGAAAAGUUGGGACUCAAGUACCACCUGAUGGACGAUUUAAUUGAAAAAUACAAAGAUAACUACGUAGAUCCUCCACAAACCAAAAGAACAGAUAUCUGUACAAUUAUUUACACCUCUGGCACCUCAGGAACACCAAAGGGUGCAGUAUACACCAACGAAGGCCUCAUUGUACUAACCGAAAGGCUGUUCAACGUACAAAAUCGUUGUAGAAUAUCUUUCCACUCCUGUAUUCUCAGCUUCCUCCCCUUAUCACACGUUUACCAACGCUUUAUAGAGCACCUCAUUGGAUCACUUGUUGGCCGAAUAGGCUAUUACUCAGGAAACAUCAAAACCAUACUCGAUGACCUUAAUAAACUAUCUCCAAACUUCCUGGUGGCAGUACCCAGAGUAUUCACCAGAAUACUAACCAGAAUAAGAGAUCAAAUCGACUCGAAGCCCUGGCUGGUUCGCAAGUUCAUUUCCUUCUUCGUGGAAGGAAAGAAGAGAGUUUUCAAGAAGAGACCUCACAAACCAAAUCACUUCUUCUAUGAUUUAGUCAUUAAAAAGAUCAAAUCUAAGUUUGGAGGCAAGUUCGAUAUCAUGGUUCUGGGCAGCGCCUCUAUGACUGACGACGAUGUGCUUGAUAUUCAAGCUUACAUGGGCACCCCGCUAACAGAAGGUUGGGGCACAACAGAGCUUGGAGUAUCAAUUCUUCAAGACUUUAGAGAUACCAAAAAGGGUACAAUAGGAGGACCCUUAUACGGAGUUGAAUUCAAGCUCCGCUCAAUUGAGGAGCUAGAAUACGACGCAAGAGGGAGCCCACCGAAAGGAGAACUACUGGUAAGAGCACGAGGAAUAAUGCUCGGCUAUUUCGCAGACGAAGAUCUCACAAACGAAGUUCUGGAUGAUGAAGGUUGGUAUAGAACGGGGGACGUUGUUGAAUUGUUGCCCAAUUUGGGCCUCAAAAUACUCGAUCGAGCUCGUAAUUUUUUCAAAAUGUCUCAGGGUGAAUAUAUUACGCCCGAUAAACUUGAAAAUGCCUAUGUCAAUGCAAAGUUGGUUGAUCAGGUAUUUGUGCACGGAGAACCAACUGAGAAUCACUUGGUUGGGAUUGUCGUGGUUUCGAAAGAAAAUGUAGAAUUGUGGGCCCAGGUUAACGGGCUCGGAAACAAAACAGUACAAGAGUUACUGAAUAACGAAAAACUCAUAACUAGAAUAAGGGAUGAUUUCGAAAAGAUUGCCAAAACCCAGAACUUUAAUUCACUAGAAAGACUUAAAGUUUUCAAACUCGUCGACCAGCCAUUUUCAGUCGAAGAUGGAAUGCUCACCCCGACCUUUAAAUCUGUAAGGUAUAAAAUUAAGGCCAGAUACAAUGCGGAGAUCAAAAAAAUGUACAAUGACGCAAAACAAGCCAACUAA